UUCUUCCUCUGCGUUCAAAUCGAUGAACGGAUCUGUAUCGGAGGAGGAUUCGUCUAUUGAAGUGGUGGAUGUUCCGGUGGUUAAUGGCUACGCCGGAGCAUUUAAAAGAGUUACGGUUUUGCCUUCUGCGUGUGCUGGAGAUAUCGCUGGAUUGAUCUCCGGCGUUGAUUGUUCGGCGAGGACGUAGCAACUCGUCAAGAAACAGAUGACUACUCUCAAGAGCACCAAAGGAAGAAGUUGUUGCAAUCUCUUCAUCAAAGCCGUGCCUCCUGGACCAGACAAGAAAACCAAGAAAACAGACCAUGUUGUGGUUGAUGAUGACAAGGAUGAUGAAGCCUCUGGAAAAUACGAUGGUGACUCUCUGAUUAUGAAGACAAUGACUAGAGGAAGAACCUCCUCAACGAAAAAGUUAGCAAACACGAACGUCAAGAACGGUGAAUCCAGUUUGAAUGUUGAUGAUAGCAAAGGCAAGGUUAAGAAAACUGAUCAAGACAAGAAAGGAAGCUCAAAAAAGAGAAGGGCUGCGAGUUUUCUCAAGAGAAUGAAAGUGGGUUCUUCGGAUGAGACAUUGAAGCCUAGCUCUGCGGCUGAUUCUUCUACUAUUGUAAAAGGACGAGCAGAACAGAGGAAGAAUAACAGCAGCAAAGCUGAUGCUAAGAAAAGACCAAUACCAAGGAUAAAUCAAACAAAUGAGAAAGCAAGUCCUGUGAAGAGAAACAAUGGUCGAGCCUCAGAAAGAGAAGCUGGUGAAAAAGAGGCUGCGUCUUCUUCUUCACCACGCUUGAAGAAACGUGCAAGGAGGUGAUUUAGUUAUUGUACUACACCACUACAUUAGCUAUA